AUGAGCGCCAGUCCGGAAAGGAUCUCUUCUUACCGAAGACACUUCGAUGAGUUCGCUGGGAGUUCGGUGAUCAGGCUGAGGGUGAGCAGCCCAUCUCCACCCAGACACAGGAGAUCAACCAGCUAUAGCAGAGAAACCUGUGAAGUACACACCGGUGGAAGGAGGACCGCCUCUGCUAGCCGCCGACCGCGCAGUAUGGUUUCAUCUAGUUUUGGAGUUUUUCUGGGUCCUGUGGUGGACUUGGAAGCAGCCAGUGCAGCGAACCAAGAAUUUCUGACUACCAGGAACAGUGAGAAGCGUGAGAUGAUUAUUCUGAAUGACCGCCUGACUAAAUACAUAGAAAGGGUCAGGGACUUGGAACAACAGAAUGCCACCGCACAGGUUGAGCUUGAUGCGCUCCGCAGUCGCAGCAACGUACCAUCCUCUCUUCGAACUCUGUAUGAGGAGCAAUUGCGGGACCUCCAAAGGGAGGCAGAACAGGCCCGGAAUCACAGGGAUGUAGCAGUGGCUGCCAAGUCAUCAGUGUCUGAGGAACUCAGCGCCGUAAAGAAACGCUAUGAAGAUGCAGUCGAGGCAAGGAAAAAAGCUGAAGGCGACAUUGAAGCAUUCCGCCCUGAUGUAGAUUCUGCCACCGCAGGACGAAUUGCACUGGAAAAGCAGUUGGCAAGUUUGGAAGCAGAGAUAGCCUUCUUGCAGAGGGUCCAUGGAGAGGAAAUUGAAGAAUUGAUGAAGCAAAUCUACAAUAUGACCGCCUCUUGUGAUCUGGCAUUCUCCAUCCCAGACUUUGCUGCUGCUCUGAGGGACAUUCAGACAGAAUAUGAAGAAAUUGCAGCCAAGAACCUGCAGGAGAUGGACGAGUGGUACAAAAGCAAAUUUGUUGACUUCAAUCAAGCUUCUACAAAGCAUGCGGAAAACGCGAGACAUUACAGAGGAGACAUGGCAAACUGCAAGAGAAGCAUUAAAGGCAAAGAAUCAGAACUUCUAUCACUGAAGAACAAGAAUGCAGCAUUAGAGGCCCAAUUGAAAGAAAAUCAGGAAAAGAACAGGUUGGAGAUAGAGGAGCUACAGGAACGAAUCAGAAAAUUAGAAGAAGACCUGAAAUCAUUGAAGGAGAAAAUUGCUUUACACUUACGGGAAUAUCAAGAUCUGUUGAGUGUUAAAAUGGCUUUGGAUAUUGAGAUUGCCACAUACAGGCAACUUAUUGAGGGUGAGGACACCAGACUUGCCACAUCAGUGAGUGGAGUCUUUCUCCAGGGUAAGGUAUCAGGAGGUUUGCAGAUAAGUUCCACGGAGAGUGUAUCCCAGACAUUGGAGAAGAAAGAGAAGACGACUGUCUAA